GGCGUAUUCGGGCACGUGAUGCCCCGCGAUGGGAACUUUGUGUGUGUUGGCCGGCGGCCCAACGCAUCCCCUCAGAACAGGAAGGCUUUGAUAUUUCUUACGUCAUUUGGAUAUUCUCGCACAUGAAGUGGAUUUCAACGUUUUACAGAACUUCCCUUUCCCAAUCCACCAGAAUAACCCUCUCUGUAACCGUAAAGAGACGUUUCGCAACCGUCAAGAUGCCCGCUGCCAGAGAUCCCACCACGCUCUCCAACUACGGCGCUUGGCGCACCAAGCACACCAGCGUCGACUUUGCUCUCGACUUUGACAACAAGUGCCUCAAGGGCUCCGUAACUCUGCAAUUGGAGAGCCAGACCGACAAGGAGAGCAAGGAGAUCAUCCUCGACACCCGAUUCGUCAAGGUCAUCGACACUUCCAUCAACAGCACAGAGUCCCAGUGGGAGCUCAAGCCUCACUCCGACCCAUUCGGUGCCCCUCUCCACGUCUCCAUCCCCGACGGUGCCGCCAAGGGCGAUCUGAUUGACCUGACGAUCCAGCUCGAGACCACGGACAAGUGCACUGCGCUCCAGUGGCUUACUCCCGCCCAAACCACCAACAAGAAGCACCCUUACAUGUUCUCCCAGUGCCAGGCCAUCAACGCCCGCUCCAUCUUCCCUUGCCAGGACACUCCCGACAUCAAGUCGACAUUCUCCUUCAAGCUGACCUCCAAGCUGCCUACCGUUGCCAGUGGCUGCGCUGUCGGUGACCAUACCCCUACUCCCGGCACCGAAAAGGUCUACCAGUUCGAGCAAAAGGUGCCUAUCCCCUCGUACCUCUUCGCCGUUGCUUCCGGUGAUGUUGAGUCUGCCAAGAUUGGUGCCAACAGCUCCGUCGUUGCUGGCCCUGAUGAGGUCGCUGCCUGCAAGUGGGAGCUUGCUGGCGACAUGGACAAGUUCAUGGACGCCGCUGAGAAGAUUGUCUUCCCUUACAGAUGGGGCGAGUACAACGUUCUCGUCUUGCCUCCUAGCUUCCCUUACGGAGGCAUGGAGAACCCCAUUUACACGUUUGCUACCCCCACCAUUAUCAGCGGUGACAAGCAGAACGUCGACGUUGUUGCCCACGAGCUGGCUCACAGUUGGAGUGGUAACCUUGUUUCCAACGCCAGCUGGGAACACUUCUGGUUGAACGAGGGCUGGACCGUCUACCUCGAGAGACGUAUUGUUGCCCACCUCCACGGCGGCCCUGCUUUUGACUUUUCUGCCAUUAUCGGCUGGAAGGCCCUUGAGGAUGCCGUCGAACACUUUGGCGCUGACCAUGAGCACACCAAGCUCAUUAUUAACCACGAAGGCGCUGACCCUGAGGAUGUUUACAGCAGUGUCGCCUACGAGAAGGGUUUCCACUUCCUCUACUACCUGGACCGCCUUGUCGGCCGCGAAGCCUGGGACAAGUUUAUCCCCCAUUACUUCACCAAGUGGUCCUACAAGUCGCUUGACUCCUUUGAGUUCCGUGACACGUUUUUGGACUUCUUCAACGGCCUGGGCGACGAGGAGAUCAAGGCCAAGAUUGCCACCAUUGACUGGGACUCCAAGCUGUACACCCCCGGCCUUCCCGAGAAGCCCGUCUUCGAUACCAGCAUGGUGGACGUCUGCUACGAGUUGGCUGCCAAGUGGAAGGAUCCCUCUUUCGAGCCCCAGGCUUCGGAUAUUGCCAACUUCACUGGUAACCAGGUGCUCGUCUUCUUGGGCCAGCUUGACCAAGAGGGCGCUUUGAGCGCCGAGAGAGCCCAGCUCCUUGGCAAGGUCUACAACAUUGUCUCCUCGCAGAACGUUGAGAUCAAGUGUGCCUACUUCAGCGUUGCCCUCAAGGCCAACGACACCUCCUGCGUCGACGGUAUCGUUGAGCUUCUCGGCAGCGUUGGCCGCAUGAAGUUUGUCCGUGUCAUGUUCCGCGGCCUCGAAAAGGUCAACCGUGAGCUUGCCCUCGAGACCUUUGCCAAGAACAGCGACUUCUACCACCCCAUUUGCAAGGGCAUGGUUCAGAAGGACCUUAAGCUGUAGAUGAUAUAAAAACAGAAAAGUAAAUGAUUAAGAAACGACAGUAAACAGACAGAUGAUAGAUGGCAUAGAAGGGGGCGAAAUAAAAGUUUUAUUGUGUUGUUCGAUACUUUUGUGUUUUGUUACUCGUAUGUGCUUACUCGAGCCAGCUAUCACCAGCCAUUACCUCUGCCCACGUCUUGCUGUCAGGUCGGUCAAAUCGCUUGCUAUCAGAGACGUCACGAGCUCCCAGGUCACCAUAGAGGUGAGGGAAAGUGUCCUCCCACUUCAAUGGAUCUUGAAGUUUGCCCGCCUCAAUCUUGAGCAGCCAAACGCUGGUAGCAUCCUUGAAGAAAAGACCCAGGGUACCGGGAACCUGU